AUGUCAUCUUCACUACACUGGCAAGAGACAUCCCCCGGAACUCAUCAGAGAGACAUUGAUAGCACGGAAAGAUUUUACGUCUCGGCUUCUCAUACCAGAUCGCCAGUUGUGAAUAAAGGAGACUGGUAUGUAAAUGCGGGUGUCAAGCUUGAAUGCUCGCGCCCAAAUUUUGUCGCCGAUAUUCAAAAAGCAUGGAUCAGGACGCGUUUCGACUUUCCAGGAUUAGCGGCAACAAUUGUGGAGGACAAAUGGAGUUACAAGACAGCAGACAAAGCCGAGCUCGAAGGGUGGCUAAAAGAAACCUUUCAUGUCCACCUCCAGCCCUCAACCGCAAGACAAUUGAUAUCUGAAGAUAAACUCGUCCCAGCAUCUAGGGUGACUCUUCAUGUCCUGCCCAAUACCCAAGAGCUGAUGAUCCAAGGUCCGCAUACGCACUUGGAUGGGUUUGGAAUCAUGAAGACUCUACAACAUAUCAUAUCCUACGUUGUACAGCUUCCGCUCUUGUCGGACGUUGAUCAAAUACCGGUCGCAUUUGGACACGAAGCACACAAUUUGUCACCUCCGAUGUCUUUGACAUGCCAGACCCCGCCAUGCUCUGCGGAAGACAGGCAGAAGUGGGACAAACUGAUGGAAGAUUUCAUUGACCCCAAGCACAAAAUAUACCUCAACACGCGGAACGAGACGUCCCCACCACGCUUCUCUCGUACUCAGUGGCUGGUAUUUGAUGCGACUAGUACCAAAAGUCUUCAAUCCGAAGCGCAGAAGCACGGUGUGUCUCUAGCCGCCGUUCUGCAGGGAGCGAUUUCCCUCUCAACCCGCGUGCAUGGUGGUGGCGAAGAUCUUGCCACGCGUCAUGCUAUUCAAGUGCUUUACAGUGCUCGGAAGUACAUUGACCCUACGAUUGGUUCCGGAGAGAAUAUUGUCAGUCCGCUCGUCGUGGGAGUACCAUUGACCUACACGCUUCAUGACGAUUUUCAUGAUCUUGUAACAGAUGCAAACGAAGUAUUGCUAGAAGGAAGAAAAGAUAAAUUUGGUCUGAAGUGCGGCCACCUUUGGGGCUCAGAUCUUCCUAGGGCUUUCGCAGCGCCGCUCCCGAAGGGAAAGCGAAUUCGAGCAGAGGCACAGAUGAGUUAUAUGGGAAAUAUUCAGUCCUAUAUUCAGGAAUGGACUGAGGAUAAAGCAAUCGGAGGUUCUCUAGCGCACUGUGUCGACUUUUGGUUGUCAUUGGAUAUCCUUUCCGCCAACGUCGUGAUCGAAAUUUACAUCUUCCGAGGUCGUCUCAACCUAUCGCUGGCAUACAAUGAAACCUUCCACUCAGAAGAAAGUAUGACAGAGUACUUGCAACUGGUCAAAGGGCAUUUAGAUGACGGUCUGGGCAUCCAGACAGAUGCUAGUGUGAGAAGACCCGGUCGAGAGGAAUGGAUGUAG